AUGUGGGCCGUGCCUGGCCCCUACAUCCAUCGGGUCUCGCGCAUUCCAAGCUUAAACUACCAGCGCAAACAUGCCUGGAUCCGACGAGUUUGCCAGCUCCAUCAGCAAUACGGGCCCGUGGUGUUGUUGUCCCCCAAUGAGGUCAGCGUGAAUGGUUCCGACAAAUUCAUCCACGACAUCUACACGCACAACUUGCCCAAAUCCGACUUUUAUGCAAACUUCACGAACCAUGGUGGCAAGGACAACAUUUUCGCUAGUCUCGCCAAUGACAAACAUUUACACUACAAGAAGAUGAUCCAUAAACUAUACAGCAAAUCUGCCAUUUUCUCGAAGGAAAACGACACGAGAGGUGUCAUUGUAGACGCGACUCGCAAGUUGAUCGAGGUGGUUCACCAAAGCUCAAUAUCGGGCCAACAGCCCGAUAUACACUGCGUCAAGCCGCAGUUCAAUUUGCAUGCAAAGGGCCACCGAAAAGCGUGGUUCAACAAGUCCGGUAGAGUGCGCAAUUUGGGCAUUGAGACGUUUACCUUGUUUGGCUGUUUGGCCAUGGACGUGGUGUCUCGGUUUGAGCUCGGUAAAGACAACGGUCUGGACCUAAUGUCGAACCCUCAACAGCGCCGUAUAGUGAUGGAACAUAGAAUCGUGUCGUCGAUGGGGUUCUGGACGACUUUGAUGCCGCGGUUCUGGGAAUGGGCAGCUACAAAGUUGGUUAUGCAGUGUUUGGUUGAUAUCACCCAGUUUCAAUUAAACUUGUAUGCCUUGGCAGAAAAGAAUCUAAUUUCAAACGGCAAGAAUUCCACUACCUUGCAAGCACUAAACGCAAACGGGCUCCACGGCGAAUAUGCCUACUCGUUCCUCACCGACAAUUUGUUUGCGGGACAUGAAACCACGGCAGUGCAAUUGUGCUACUUGGCGUAUGAAUUAUCACGGCCGGCGCAUGCACCACUACAAGCUCAAUUGAGACAGGAGCUAGUUGCAAAUUUCGGCCGUCCAACUUUCAAAAACGAUGUAAUUGACGAUUUGGAGAAAUUGGACAAACUCCCGUUUCUCAAUGCACUAAUCUUGGAAAACUCACGCGUCCACACGUCGAUCCCGGGAGCAGAACCAAGAGUUGUGGAUCAAAACACAUACCAAGUCAACAACCUCAAAAUCCCCGCGGGAACCAUCAUAUCGUGCCUCCCAUACGCAUUGCAUCGAGAACCGCUGGUUUUCCCCGAUCCAGACUCGUUCAAGCCGCACCGGUGGCUCCCACUCUCAAAUGCAAACGAGCUGCACGAAGCGUACACCUCUCGAAUCAAGCUCCAACAGAAAUACAUGAUGCCAUUCGGCAAAGGUAUCCGCAUGUGCUUGGGCAUGAACAUUGCCCAGAUUGAAAUGAAAGCAGCCAUAGCCAACCUCUACUGGCAUUUCCACUCGCAAAUCGACGACGAUUGGUGCCAAGUACUCGACAAUGACGACCCGAUAAAAUUGGGCCGAGACAACGUCCCAUCCCCUGGCGUCACUGACCAAGACCUAAUGUGCAUGAACGACUAUUAUACAACCAGUCCCGUAGGCGACGAGUGUUGGCUCCGCUGGUUUGAAAACUGA